AUCCAAUACCAUUUGAGAUAUAUGUGAUAGUCAAGGAAUGGACAUGCAGAUUGCAGAAUUUCCUUCUCAAAAAUGGCAGCCAAAUUGGCACUCUCUUCUUCUCUUACCACUCAGAUUCCUCUCUUACCCAACUCUUCAUCCUCUGCAUCGGCUUUCCCUUGUGCCCUCACUUCCCAUAACACAAGGGCCCAUAAAUUCAGAAUUCAUGCAAACUUAGGGGAAGGAGAAGGAGAGCUCAAGCCUAAAGGAAAGAAGAAAUUUAUAACUAGAGAAGAAGAACCAGAGCAGUAUUGGCAAACAGCAGGAGAAAGGGAAGGAGAGAAUCCCAUGAAGACCCCUCUUCCUUACAUUAUAAUAUUUGGAAUGUCAACACCUUUUGUAAUCUUAGCCAUUGCUUUUGCCAAUGGCUGGAUUAAGGUUCCUGUUCGAUGAGUUUUGAGAAUUGAGAGACUGGGUUUUUCAAUGUUGGUUUACUCCAAAUGCACCUUUAAUUCAGCCUUCUCGGCUUUCUACUGUAAGCAUAUGUUGUUAACACACCCUUGUUUUGAGUAUUUAUGUUGUGAAUUUCUCAAGCAAAACCAGACCAUUUCUGAGUACUGGUUCUUCUAUAUCAGUUAAAAGAGACAUGGCUUUUGUUCAGUCCAAAACUUCUUAGUAAUAAAUUUUGGAUCAUUUAUUCA